AGCUAGUGAGAUGCCAAGACCCUUGGAUGUGAGACUAGUGUGGAAGAUAAGCACAUAAAACACAAGCAAAAACCAUGGUUCACAUUUCGAAAGGAAAGGCCUAGGAUUAGUGUGAAUUACUGCACUAAGUACUGCAUUCGUCUUCCUUUGGUGACUGAGGAGGCUUUGCUAUGUGCCAGGAUCCUUAAGAGCUAACCUUGGUCCAGCCCACUCUUCAUGGGCCAAACAGCACCCGAAAAGCAGAACUACGAAGUUGUUUCCUGACCUAGUUUCUGUAGGGAGGCUUUGAGAAGUCCUUGAGUAACUAUUUGAGCUUUUGUUGAUUAGCCAGACUGCCCUUCCCAGCGAGGAGCUGACGGCUCGACUGCAGUAGGCGCUUAGGCUGCAGCCAAGGCAGCGGCCACUAGAGGAUCUCUACCAAGUUUCUUCGCUCAAGUUCAGUUCCGAGGUCUGAAGUUGAGGCACAAGAUGGCCUCGUCUUAUGCUGUCCUGCGAGCCAGCGGUCUGUGCCAAUGGGGCUUUAAGAGUUGGGCGCGGCUGUCACGGACUCCACAGCUCCGGCCGGGUGGUCAGAUCUCUUGGGCCCCUGCGAGGACAACGGCGACGCUGACUGUGGAGCCCGCGGGCCGCUGCUGCUGGGACGAGCCCGUGCGCAUCGCCGUGCGCGGCCUGGCCCCCGAGCAGCCCGUCACGCUGCGCGCGUCCCUGCGCGACGAGAAGGGCGCGCGCUUCCGGGCCCACGCGCGCUACCGCGCAGACGCCGCCGGCCACCUCGACCUGGCGCGCGCGCCCGCGCUGGGCGGCAGCUUCGCGGGGCUCGAGCCCAUGGGGCUCCUCUGGGCCCUGGAGCCCGACAGGCCGUUCUGGCGCCUGGUCAAGCGGGACGUGCAGACGCCCUUCGUCGUGGAGCUGGAGGUGUUGGACGGCCACGAGCCCGACGGCGGGCGGCUGCUGGCCCGGGCGGAGCACGAGCGCCACUUCAUGUCGCCAGGGGUGCGGCGGGUGCCGGUGCGCGCGGGCCGGGUGCGGGCCACGCUCUUCCUGCCGCCCGAACCUGGACCCUUUCCUGGGAUUGUGGACCUUUUCGGAGUUGGAGGGGGCCUCAUGGAGUAUCGAGCAAGUCUGCUAGCGGGGAAGGGUUUUGCUGUGAUGGCUCUGGCUUAUUACAACCAUGAAGACCUCCCCAAGACCUUUGAGGCCAUGCACAUUGAGUACUUUGAAGAAGCAGUGAACUUCCUGCUCGAUCAUCCUGAGGUAAAGGGUCCAGGAAUUGGGCUGCUUGGAAUUUCCAAAGGGGGUGAACUCGGCCUUGCUAUAACUUCUUUCCUGAAGGGUGUCACGGCUGCUGUCAUAAUCAAUGGCUCUGUGGCUGCUGUUGGGGGCACCAUACACUACAAGGAUGAGUCUGUGCCCCCUGUGAGCAUACUCAGAAAUCGAGUCAAGAUGACCAAUGAUGGCCUCAUGGAUGUUGUGGAUGCCCUGCAAAGUCCCUUGGUAGAAAAGAAGAGUUUCAUUCCUGUGGAAAGGUCUGACACCACCUUCCUGUUCCUUGUAGGACAGGAUGACCACAACUGGAAGAGUGAGUUCUAUGCUGAUGAGGUCUCUAGGCGCUUACAGGCCCAUGGGAAGGAAAAGCCCCAGAUCAUCUGUUACCCCGAGGCGGGGCACUAUAUUGAACCCCCUUACUUCCCCUUGUGCAGGGCUGGCAUGCACCUCUUGGUGGGCAGUAAUAUCUUGUUUGGAGGAGAGCCCAGGGCUCAUGCCAUGGCCCAGGUGGAUGUGUGGAAGCAGCUCCAGACUUUCUUGCACAAACACUUGGGUGGUCAAAGUUAGGGAGUUCUUCUAUAAACAGAGCCCAUACUUGAAGGUUGGGAAUAAAGACUCAAAUGUAUUUUUAGAACAUCAGUUAAGAUUAGUUCACCUGAAUGUAUUAUUAUAAAUCUUUUUUUUUCACUUUAAUUAUUGAUAUUAAAAAUAGGGCCUAGCCUAGUGUGCUGGUGCUUGCCUGUAAUCCCAGCAUUUUGAAGUCUUAGACAGGGGGAUUAGGAGUUCAGGGCCAGCCUUGGCUACCUAGUGAGUUCAAGGUCAGCCUGGCCUACCUAGUAAGACCCUGUUUCAAAAAACAAAGCAACAGAAGUGCCUGUCCAAAAAAUGAUGUCAUGAAUGAAUGAAAAGGGAGCCAUAAGCAUAAAAACUUCUGUUUAAUUAAAUAUUAGACUAUUACAGACAAAGUUAUUGUCUCCUUCAGUUCUUGGGCUAAUGUUACCACUAUGAUCCUUUUCCUAGAAGUGACCUUUAGGAUGAUUUUGAUGUGUAUCCUUUCAGAGGGCGUGUGUUAAGGUGCAUAUAUGUCACAAUAAAAGACAAACUUUUUUUGCAUAAGUGUCAUUUGAAGGAUAAUACUGAUUUUAUAAAACAAGCAAAUUUUGGGAAAAGAGCACCUUUUACCUGACACAACUCUAUGCCAGGUCAACACAUGGGACUGACAAACAUUUUAGUACAGGCAGGAAACGAGCAGUUGGGGAAAGAAACAAUGCUUCUAGGAACUCUGUGUUGUGCCAAACAUUAAUCUCCACAACAGUCCUGUAGGCAAGUACACUAAUGUGUACAAGCAAAGAUCUUUUUCACGCAUCUGAAGGCCAUAGUCAUCUGCCAGAGGCAGUGGUUGGUAUUAAGAGUGUAGGGGAGGAUAGAUUUCUUGUCUUCAUCCAUCGAUAGUUUCAUGGCUGAGGCCUCUAUGACAAAUGACAGGUUAUGAAGGGGAAAACCAUAGAAAUUUAUUCAGGAUAAAUUUCAUAAGACAGAAGCCUUCAGAAAUGAAGGCCCAAAGGAACAGG